GUCAAGUUUAAGUUAAGUUUUUUUCAGAAAACUUCUUUUUCAGUCAAGUUCAAUUGAAAACUUUUUUUUUUUGCAACCCUACACAUACGUAGCUACGGCUUUUCUUUUGCAACUGCCCAUACGUCUCUUUCAUUUGAUUCACUCCAACACAUUUGCGAAUCGAAUAUAAUGCCGCAAAUAUCCUUCAAUCUUUCUUCUAAAGUCGACGUUUCCGAUGCAGAAAACAUUGCGCGGUAUGUCCAAGUUCCCGCAAUGCAAAACGGUCCGUUGUACCGGACGAUGUUUCCUCUGUCCGACACGAUAACCGAAACGCAAAGGGAUGAGAUAAUUCGCUGGUAUGCCGACAUGUUGGAAGAUGCCUUCCAGGACCGAUGGGAAAGCUUUUUGAAGGCACGGUCCAUUGAUGGCACACCCGUUGGGUUCUGCGGGUGGACCGUUAUAGAGCGGAAUCGUGAACAAGUCGAAGCGAACAAUGGUCAGGCAAACGAGCCGCCAAAGAAAGAAAAGCGCAAGAAAACUUGGAUACCGGAGGUAAUCGAUAUAGAUGGCUGGUCCGCUCUGUCAAGAGCCUUGAGAAUGGAACGUGAUCGGGUCUUGAAGAAUCUCGACAAUAUAUGCCGCCUGACGUUUAUGGCGGUAAAUCCGAAGUAUCAGCGGCAAGGGAUCGGUUCGGCAAUGAUGCAGCGGAUUUGUGAAGAGAUUGAUCAGCAUGGACGAUAUGCAUACGUGCUCGCAGCCCCGGACGGGGUUCGGCUGUAUACAAAGUUUGGCUUCGAGAUUGUCGGUCGUGUUGAGACACCCCAAGGUAUUAUCACAAGCAUGCUUCGGCAACAGCGACAAUCAUAGAUAUGAGUCUAGAUAGUGGAAUGUUUCGCGUCAAGUAGAUGCAGCAGCGCUUUCCAAGAAAGCUUUUUGACCACUCGCGUAGGAGGUAUUUUAGAAUAGACGGUUAGCACCAUCACCGAAGCGAAGUGGGUGGGAUUGUCAGUACUAGAGGACAAGGGACUAAAUCGUCUGCUAAUGACUUAGAAGGUG